AUGAGGGAGCUACAUGACCUUAUCCUACCAUUACUUGAUCCCUGUAGUAGGCAGGAGAAGCUUGCGCAGCAACUCUUUCAAGAUAUAUCCAAUUCCUCAAGUAAGGUUAUCUCCUUUCUCAAACUUGGUGAUAACAGUAAGAAACAGGCCAAUCUUAUCAAAUAUAGAAGAAAAGGUGGUAAGAAUAACGAAGUGGAUAGUCACAUGUUGGGUGAGGAAGCUAAAGAAAUUGGAAAUAGGAGAAGGAAGAAUGCACAACACAUUGAUGGAUAUCAAUGGAGGAAGUAUGGGCAGAAGUGGAUCUCCAAAGCAAAGCAUUCUAGGAGCUACUAUAGAUGUGCUAAUAGUAAAGACCAAGGGUGUCUUGCAACUAAGACAGUUCAACAGAAGGAAUCAGAUGGAAGCGCUGGAACAGUGAGGUUGUUUGAUGUUGACUAUUACGGCCAGCACAUUUGCAAGACGGAUGACAUAAUACAUCCAUAUGUUGUUGAGACAACACAUUAUACUGCACCAAUUGCCAAUCAUAACGAAAGCAGUAGUGGGUCAACAGUUGUUCACAAUGAUGUUCAUGAAAUUCAGGAUGAAAGCUUUGGAAACUUAUUCAUGAUGCCAAGCAUAGAAGAAUAUUGGACAGAUUUCACAGAUACUGAAAUGGCAGGGACACUAGAUGAGGUUACCUCUUUGAUGAUCUUUGAAGAUAUAUGGUCGUAA